UCGGGCGCUGUGGACUCGAGCCCUCGAGGCAGUGUCCCUUGUGCUUGGCAGUAGCCUGUUUCCCGGUCACCGCCGUCCCAGCCGGCUCGCUGCCCGCCGCCAUUAUGAACAUCCGCAAUGCUCGGCCGGACGACCUGAUGAACAUGCAGCACUGCAACCUCCUUUGCCUUCCCGAGAACUACCAGAUGAAAUACUAUUUCUACCACGGCCUUUCCUGGCCCCAGCUCUCUUAUAUCGCUGAGGACGAGGACGGGAAGAUCGUGGGCUACGUCCUGGCCAAAAUGGAGGAGGACCCAGACGACGUCCCCCACGGACAUAUCACCUCACUGGCCGUGAAGCGUUCUCACCGGCGCCUCGGCCUGGCCCAGAAGCUGAUGGACCAGGCCUCCCGGGCCAUGAUAGAGAACUUUAGCGCCAAGUACGUGUCCCUGCACGUCAGGAAGAGUAACCGGGCAGCCUUGCACCUCUAUUCUAACACCCUCAACUUUCAGGUCAGUGAGGUGGAACCCAAAUACUAUGCAGAUGGGGAAGAUGCUUAUGCUAUGAAGCGGGACCUCGUGCAGAUGGCAGAGGAGCUCAGAAGGCAGCUGGAGCUGAAGAAGGGCGGGUAUGUGGUGCUGGGCUCUAGGGAGAACCAGGAGACCCCGGGCAGCACACGUCCUGGUUCCGAAGAGGCCUGUCAGAAGGAGAAGAUCCAGGCCGCUGACGAUAGUGGGAGUGACAACAAGGAACCCAGCGAGUCCCCGGAGAGCACCGAUGUCCAGGACAGCUCAGAAGACUCUGAUUCCACCUCCUAGAGCCUGCUUAAGCCUUGCAGGUCCUCGGGUCUCAGGCGCAUCUGCCCCCUGAGCCCUGGCUUAGCCAGUCUACUCUGCAGCAUCAGCUCUGGGGUCAUUUCACGGUGACCCCGAUGGCUUCUCACUCUCAACUCUCAACAACAACCUUCCACAUACCCUCCUGGGAUCAUGAAGAAAUACCUGGACACGAGAGCCUGCUGCAAAGGAGCCAGGGAAGUUUCAGGCCUGCCAUCACAGAACCUUCUUUGGCCUACUUACACCAUGUCGCCAUUUUAUUCUGUUUGUAGUAGUCCUAAGUUGAAUGUGAUUGUCUUGAAAGGGUUGUCUCUUCCUAGAAUGCCAAACAGGAAGCAGGACAAACUCCUGAAGCUCCUCUGCUUUCAGUUUUUGCCAUUAUUUAUCUGAGUUUUCAUCCGUAGGGGGUAGUCAGGACCAUCAAGUCAGACCUCAUGCCCCCUGCCUCUUCCUUCUUCCUCUUUUCUGGUAGAAGUAUUUUGUUGCCUCUUCCUUCCCCUGGGAACUCAUCCUCUGUCAUAUCCUCCCCUUUCUUGAGGAGUUAUUCUUUUCCUUCCCAGUGGGAGAAAGUGGUGAGUAAGGGCUUCUACUAUGCAAUCAGAACUUGGAGAUUUUAAGAAAAGGACAACUGGUAGUUAAAUUAGAUCUAAUUAGAUGUAAUAGUUAAAUUAGAUCUAAUCUGCUUGUUUGUGUAAAUUUGUUUUUUAUCUUUUUGUAAUGAUAUAACUUGCCAUUUAUUGAGUACUUAUAAUGCUCAGGCACAAUGCUAGGGACUUUAUUAAUAAUAUAUUUAAUCCCUCUCAGCAACCGUAGGAGGUGGGUAUUAUUAUCCCUGUUUUAUAGAUGAGGAAACUGAAGCUCAAAGAAGGGAAGUAAAUAUCUACGAUCUGAAUCCAAGUCUAUUUGAAUUCAAAGCUGAAGUUCCUUUCACUUUCCUACUGAUACUCUUUGCAUUUUAUUUAUAAAAGUGUGAAAACUAUAGCAAAAAAGGAGAAUCUACUGUUUUAAAAUGUUGUGUUGACUUAAUACAUGGCAGCCAAAUAUCGUUUGUAAAUAUUUAUAUAACCCAGCAUUAUAAUUCCAUUUACUAUUUUUCUCCAGUAAAAAUAAGUGAAGACAAAGUGCUUUGACCUCUGUAGUAGAAGUCACCAGAUAAAUUUAGAGUUAUCAUUACUUAAUGUUGUUUUUAUAUACACUGAAUGUGAAUUACCAUAGUAUAUAACAUUUCUUGUGUUUAAAUUUUUCUGAAAACUAGUGUAUAUGGUUUUAAGGCAAAGCCCUGACAUUAACCAUCUGAUGACAAGAGAUAAAUCUGUUCUCUGUAAUCAUAAUCAGCCCUGCUAAGCACUUCUUACAAAUCUACCCCAAUGCACUCUAAGAAUGCCUACCUAAUAGGAAGUGAUUGCCUGAGGCUGAUAUAAAAGUUUUUUUCCUACACAAUAAGGAUUUCCAUUUCCUGUGCCAGUACAAACCUCUCAUCUAUCUUUCCAUCUUUCCCUUUUUUCUUUUUAAUUUUCUCUUCCAACUCGAAAACUAUUUUAUUCCUUCCCCUCAAGCAUGUGUUUAUCUCUUUAUUUUUAAAUAUUACAGCUUUCUAACAUCUGUCUCUAGGGCAGCAUAAUCUUACUGAUGAAAUAUUCCAUGUUUUCCUUGAGCCCUUGUCAAUAUGUCUUCGUGUUAACAGCUUAGCAGAUGGAGAAACAGAAGGAGUAGCCUCAGCUUACCUGAAUGAUUUCUCCCCAGCACCAGACACAUUACUGUCUCUAGUAACUUGAUGAUAGGAAUUGGAGGAAUUGGAAAAUAAGAAAUGAUACCUGACUUUUGCAGUGUUAAUUACUAAAACUAUUGGCCGCUUUUCUUUGUUGUUGUUAUAUCCUUUUUCCCAGGCUCAUACCAGGAGAAGGCAGAAUUAUAGCAACCUCCUAGUUGGGACUGUGCCUGUUUAGAUAAUGAAAGUAAAAUAAGCAAUAAUACUAAUAUUGCUUUGGGCAUAAAUUAGCAUGUUCCCAAGUGGUUCCAGGGUAAUAAUGGUGAUUUAGCAGCAGCAGUGGCUUUCUAGAACACUGAAAUUGUGGGAGCCUAUGAUACUGCUUUUUGUAAUAGCAUUGUUCUUUUUACAUAGGACAAAUUAUUGUUUUUUUUUUAAUGGACUGACUGCUUUUUACUUAAGUACAUUCCUAGAGAGGCCAAAGCAAGGCUUUGAAGCGAGGAUGUAGAACAGUUCAUGGUGAAUGCCUUUGUACUAGCUAUAGAGAAUGACGCUCAUGCCCUCCUUUACUUCUAGCUUUAAAGAAACUACUGGGUGGGCUCUGGUCUGCCAACAAAUUUUUCAGAAAUAUUAAUCAUCAAGAUGCAAGGUUUUCUUUGGCUAAACAAGAGAAACUUGUGAAUGAAGCCUGUGAGUUACCUAGUUAGAAUCUGUGUGAUUUUUCCUUUGCAGAUAAGAACAAGGGGCAAGAGAUGAUCAUCUAAAAUAAAAAUAAUGGGGUGCAUGGAUGUGUGGGAGAAGUAGUGCUGGAAGUCGGUCCAAAGCUGGGAAAAUUUGGAAAGGAUCAGGACUCUGAAAUAGGUGAAAGGAAGUUUUCUCAAAUUUUUACGUGCACAUGAGUCAUCUGGGGGAUCAUGUUAAAAAUGCAGAUUUUGUGUCAGUAGGUCUGGGGUGGGGCCUGAGUGUCUGCAUUUCUAACUAGUUCCUAGACAAUGUUGUUGGUCUAGGCAUCACACUUUGACUAGUAAGAGUCUUAAAGCUCAUCUCCAACCCUGGAACUGCAGUUGAGAAUACCUGUGACUAGCCUUUAGGUCAGUUUGGAUUAGACCCUCAAUAAUUCAAAAUCCUAUUCUUAAAUACACACUUACACAAAUCCUGUUUGUCUUUGGACUUUUGUCACAUGAAGUCGAUGACCAAAUAAUUUCAAUAAAAAUUCCAGAUAUAUUUCAUCAAAAUGUGUACAAAGAAAUUUAUAUAUACAUUAUAUGAAAUGUAUUGAUAAUAAUCGACAUUACAUCUUCUAUUAUAUUAGAAUGCUUUGAUAUGUUAAUAUUUCCUCAUCUUUGACUUGGAAACCAGUGAAUAGUAU